UGAAGCGAGUCGAUAGUUCACAGACUUUAAUGCAAACAGGAUUUCAAGGGAAAAGAAAACAAUAAACGCUAGGCCAAACACGGUCUUUAAUUAAGACUCUCAAACGGACAACUAGAUACCAACACCGCGGCUGAAAGGUAUAUCGAAAUAUACAACGGAAUACCGUUGGUCUUCAGCGUCAGUCGACUCGAUAGCCCACUUCCCCAGAACUUCUUGAAGAUGGCUGUUGGUGGAAAAUGGAAGUGUUGAAACUUGGAAGCAGGAUUUUCUUUACAUACAUCAUGGUGAAGAUGACUCUGUUGGUGGCAAUUGUUGCAUUAACUUAUCUUUCCGCACCUGCUACUUGUGUAACAUCAAAGAAGGUAGAAACAUUUUUAGUGAAUUGUUCGGGGAUUAGAUAUCCACUUUCUCCUUGUACCCUGGGCUCAGACACAGUGAAGUUGGAUCUCUCCCACAACAACAUCAAAACGAUUCAACAGCAGAACUUCCAAAAUCUUACCAAGCUGAAAGUUUUGUUUCUUCAGUUCAAUUGGAUCGCAACAAUAGAACCUGGAUCAUUUGCAAAAAAUUCAGAACUACAGUAUCUUGAUCUUUCAAAUAAUCUUCUGCAUGAUAUUUCAGUCUUGCCAUUUACCAAUCUCCAAUCAAUAAGACACUUGGAUAUUACCAACAAUAGGUUUGAAACAGCUCACUUUGGAGCAGAGAUUAGCAGGUUGCAGAAGCUACACACUUUACGUUUUGGAAAUUCUAGGCUAUAUUCUCUGAAUUCGAGUUCCUUAUUUGCCCUUCAUGCAAUCCAAAUUAAGGAGAUCUAUUUGAUCACUGGAGAGCUGCGGACAUAUGAACCUGGAACACUCAGUAUGAUACAAAGCAUGGAAAAACUUUCUUUAGAUUUACAGUUUGGGCAGCAACCACAAUUAUUGAUUAAUAUUUUCAAGGAUAUUCCAAUAACGACAACCACAUUAGAAAUCCUAAAUACCGAUCUGGCCAAAUAUGGUAAUAAUGUAGAUCUGUUCUUCCCUUUAAGCACAUCAAAUGUUUCCACAUUAAUUGUAAAGAAUAUUUCCAUCACUGAUUCUUUGGCUAUUUAUUUCUUUAAUGGUGUCCUAAGCUCAAAAAUAAGAGACUUAUAUUUGCACACUAUUACAAUGAAUGGCAUUGGCAAUUGGAACAUACAGGCUGUACCAGUAGAGAAGGUUAAUUUGCGUAGAAUUUCUAUAACUGAUGUUUCUAAUCCAAAUUUCUAUAAAUUUUACUCACUUUCUUAUUUAAUUGAUCUAUUUUCACAACUUCGGGAGCUAACAAUAACUGAGGGGAGUUUGUUCUAUGUUCCAUGUGCAGUAACAGAAAUUUUGGCUUUUUUAACAUAUUUGGACGUAUCUUCCAACUUACUUCAAGUAUCCACCUUAAUUCCUGAAACAUGUUCAACUCCUUUACCCAGUCUUAAAACCCUCAUUCUAAACAGGAACAAAUUUACAAAUCUACAACAACUCAGCAGGAUGACAACCAGGUUAAGGAGCUUGUCCAAUAUAAGUGUUACUCAUAAUGAUGUAUUCCUGCCAAAUGGAGUGACUUGCGCAUGGCUUCAAACAGUGAAACGUAUAGAUUUAUCACACAAUAGAUUGGAAGAAAAUGUGUUUGAAUGUUUGCCAGAAUCACUGGAAUCUUUAGACUUAAGUUAUAACUCCAUCGCCACUGUGCCAAACCUCAAGACACUGAAAGAUCUCCAGGAAAUAUUUUUGACAGGAAAUGUCAUUGCAUCUUUACCUGAAAUCACAGGUCAUUCACUGAAAACUGUGCAUAUUGACUACAAUAAAAUAACCAAUAUAAAUGUAGGCUUAUUGCAGUCCUGGAAUCUAACAGAGGUGAAAUUGAGCAAUAACCCUUUUGAAUGUUUCUGUUCAAUUCAGUCUUUCUCCAAUUAUGUUCAACAAACAAAUACCAAGGUUCUUAACUGGCCUGAUCAGUAUGAAUGUUAUGUUCCACUGAAAUUCAGAAAUGGAGUUAUCAAAUAUCUGAAAUUUUCUCCCAUUGAAUGCAACAUCCCCUUAUUUAUUGGGCUCCUCAUGACAUGUGUAGCACUUAUAGUGGCUGUAUGUGUUAUUUUGUGUAUGAAAUAUAAAGUCACCUGGUAUAUACGUACACUUUGGCUUUGGCUCAAGGCUAAAAGAAAUCUAGAUGUCAGCCAGAUUCAAAACAAUUAUGAGUUCAAUGCUUUUAUUUCAUACAGUGAACAUGAUGCCUUAUGGGUGAAGAACAAAUUGCUGGUACAGCUAGAGAACAAUGAUCCACCAUAUCGUAUCUGCAUCCACGAAAGAGAUUUCAAACCUGGAAAGCCAAUCAUUACUAAUAUCAUUGACUGCAUAUCAAAAAGCUACAAAACCAUCUUUAUCCUGUCAAAACACUUUGUGCAAAGUGAAUGGUGCCACUAUGAAUUUUUCUUUGCCCACCAACAGGUAUUUGAUUAUAGGAAGGAUAGUCUUAUCCUGCUCCUGUUGGAACCAAUCCCAAAGAAUUCUAUUCCAGAUCGAUUCUGUAAACUGAGGAAGCUGAUGAAUCGCAACACCUACCUGGAGUGGCCCCAGAAUGAGUUUCAACAGGGGUUCUUCUGGAGAAGAUUGAAAGCUGUCCUAAACUUGGAUUUCCAUUCAAAUUGUUCUAGAAGAGAGCAUAAUAAGGCGGGCCAAUUAGAUCCAUAAAUAUCACAAAGAUAUACAGUAUAGUCAUGCAGUUGUGCAGCACAGAAAGUGGUGGAAACUCAUUUGCUCUGACUCCAUCUUUCAACAUUUACCCCAUACCCUUCUAUGCCGAAGUGGUCCAAAUGCUCAUUAUUGAAGAUUAAUCCAGAGUUAUGAAAUUAUGUGUAAAGCAGGUAUAAAUUAAAAUGCAAACUAGUCUUCAAGUUCACAGUUUAACUUCCACUGUUACUUUAAAGUCAUCAAAACCAAUCAUUGGGCUCAUGACAUUCUGAUUCAGUACAUUGUAACUACACAGAAGAAGAAAAUACUUGAAAGUUCAUGAUAAUUGGCCAUUAUUGAAAACCUGGUGAUGGGAUCAGGGAAGGCAUUAAGUAGUCAUUUUCUAUAUUAACACAUCAAAGAUAUAUCCUUGCCAUUUAAUACACAGUUCAGGACAUAUCUGUUUUGUCACUUCAAUGGGAAUUAUGUUAUUCUCUAAAAGUUAUCUGUCAAUACUCAAAGUAUGAAAGUAGGCAAUUAUAGCAAUUAAAACUGUGGUUAAUCAUUCACUGUUAUCUAUGUGUUUGAAAAGUAUGAAACAACAUUGUACUGUUGAGUGUGGUGAGAGCAAAAAUACAUUCUCCACUAGCCCUUUCUGUGAUGAAUAUUUUCUAUCAACCACCUACAGUGACUCAGUUCAUAGUCACAAUACUAGUCUGGACACUGAAUGCUGUCAAUGAAUCUGCUUCCACCACUCUCUUAGUACAUCCAGGUAUUCGCCACUCUCUAGUGAAAAACAGUCCUCCUUAUAUCCUGUCUAAAUCUCUUACACUAAAUCUGUAUCCUUUUGUUUCCUCUAGCCCUGAUAUGGAGAAUGUUUUCUACAGUCUACCCUAUCUACACCCUUCAUAAUUUUCUACAUCUUAAUCUCAUCACCUCUUAACCUCUUCUGCUCCAUGGAGAACAGACGUAGCUUCUCCAUUUUUGCUCUUAACUGAAACUCUACAUCCCAGGUAACAUGCUAUUGAAUUUCCUCUGCACUCUCUGUAGCAAUAUCACAUCCUUCCUAUAAUUCCAACUGAGGCCCAGGUAUAGUUUGAUAAAUUUGGAGCACUACCUCCCCGCUUAUGUAUUCUGACUUGUAUUCUAUUUGUCUUUCUAAUUACCUUCUGGGUCUAUGGGCUUGUACUCCAAGAUCUCUCUAUUCAACAAUGCUCCCUUUGACCCAACCAUUUAUUGGACAUGUCCUAGCCUCAUUUGUUCUCCCAAAUGCAUCAUCUUACAUUUAUCUGGAUUAAACUGCAUCUGCCAAUUCUCAGCCCACUUCACCAACACAUUAAUAUCACUCUGUAAAUUGACUCCCCACCAGGCUAUUCAUGACUCUAUAAUCUCUGUAUCAUCUGCUGACUUAGUUCCACUUCUCCUACAGCCACAUCAAUUACAUAUAUUACAAACAGCAAAAGUUCCAGCACCAGUCCUUGAGUAACAUGACUAGUACUAAGCACUUUUUCCAUUGUCAAACCAAAUUUGCAUCCAGUUUGUCAAAUUUUCCUUAAUCUCAUAGGCCCUAACCUUUUGGACAAAUCUCCCAUGUGAAAGGUUGUCAAAGGCCUUACUGAAGGCAAUGUAAACCACAUCUACUGUUCUUCCCGCAUUCAUAAAUUUGGGUGCAUCUUCAAAACAUAUCAGACUGAUUGGUCAGACAGGAUGUGCAUUUGACAAAGCCAUGUGGCUUCAAAACAUUCAAAAUAAAGGGCAAAGAUUACUUACAUUGAAACUGUUACUUUCCCUCUGAAUAUUUAUACCAAGUACUUUCUGCUACAAUGCUUAUAUAUAGUACAUUGUGCAUUCAUAUGUGCA